GCUGUCAAGAAUUCUGGGAGCUGAGGUCCCAAACACCUGGAGGACUAAAGGCUGGGAUCUCAGUGCAGGCAGAGGCCACUCCCCUUCCUGGCCAUGCGGGGACUGGGGACAAAGGACAGUAAAUCCCAGGCAAUAAUAUUUACAGUCUUUUAGCUGCAGUGAAGCCUGGAUCUCGAGCAUCAUGACAGAAGGAACAGAAGAAGAAACUGGCAGAGGCUUCCUGGGGUCGGAGUGAAUUGGGAAAGAAAGAUCCAAGAAGAGAAGAUCUGAGGAUGAUGGGAGAGCUCUAACCAGAGGCUCCAGACCAACCCUGUGUGUCUGCGGACAAAACUUUGCCGUUCCCCCUUGCGUUCCUUUGUCUAACUGUGUUGCCUUGAAUCCAAGAAGCACUGCAAGGAUUUUAUAAACCGAUUUGUUUGCCAUUUUCUUUGUGUGCUGGAAAAGAUCCCUGGGUUGUCUUCUGAAAGGUGUUUGUUUACUCCAGAAAGGGAACUGCUGCUGUCCUAGUUGGUGUGGAGAAGAUGGGUGUGUGUAGGGAAGACCGGGACAAUGUUUUCUGAAAGAUGUGGAAGACAGAAAGGAUGGUCUUUAAGAGCACACCCUGGUAAAAACACAUAGACACUCUCACUUGCGUCAAUGACAGAUGGCUGACCCGAAUGCAGCUGGCCCUGGUGCUAUCAAGUAUGAAGGAAGUGGAGAACUCUGGGAAGAAAUGCUGCCAGAAAUCCUUUGUGAAGAUCCUAUCACUAUAGACACACCACACCAGCGCUUUAAGCAGUUCUGUUAUCAAGAGUCCCAGGGACCGCGGGAGGUUUGCAGCUGGCUUCACCUUCUCUGCCGCCAGUGGCUGAAGCCAGAGCGACACUCCAAGGCGGAGAUGCUGGACCUGGUGAUCCUGGAGCAGUUCCUGAGCAUCCUGCCCCCAGAGAUGGAGUGCUGGGUGAGGGAAUGUGGGGCAGAGACCAGUUCCCAGGCGGUGGCCCUGGCGGAAGGCUUCCUCCUGAGCCAAGCAGAGCGGGAGAAGCCAGAGGAGCAGGUGAAAGAUCUGCCUGUGAGUAUUGAGGGUGUGCUAGAGAAGCUUCCAUGGGACGCCCAGCAAGGGAAAAUAAGGAAAGAGAGUGAUAGUGCUGCCAUUUUAGUAGGAACUGGACUAAUGGCACCAACAAGGACUCGGUCAUCUUUUGUCCAUUUUGAUGGAGUGGGAGCAGAUCAGUGCCUGUUGAUGUUUGAGGAGGUGGCUGUGGAUUUCUCCCCAGAGGAGUGGGCCUUGCUGGACUUGGGCCAGAGGGCUCUGCACAAGGAAGUCAUGGAGGAGACCCACGAGAUUGUGACCUCUCUUGCUUCAGUUCCAGAGCCAAACACUGACCAAAGGGAAGAGGAAGAGGAGGAGCUGAAGAUGCCAGAUUCCCAGGUCAUAGGUCUGACAAAAAUCCUGGAAACCGGUUCAGGGGAUUCACUGAGUAAACCAGGAGAUAACUGGAAGAAAAUGGAAAUUGAUGACAAAUUUGAUCUCGCAAAAUACCAGGAAACCCACACAGAAGAGGAAAGAAACAAUAGAGGCCCCAGAUGUGGCAAAUAUUUUCCCCAAAAGAUGGCCCUUAGCCUUCACAAGCAGGUCCAUAGAGGAAAGAAAUGCAUGCAAUAUUUUGACCACAAAUUGUACAUUGCAAAACACCAAAGAGUCCCUCUAAAAGAGAAGCCGUACAAGACAGACUUCAUGGAGCAACAGAGAGUGCACACAGACGAAAAACCAUUCAAAUGCCAGGAGUGUGACAAAUGUUUUACUCACAGCUCAAACCUUUUGACUCACCUUGUUGUCCACACUGGGGAAAAGCCGUACAGAUGCCAGGAGUGUGGAAAAGGUUUUGUUUACAAGUCGGGCUUUGUGAGGCACGUGAGAGUCCACACAGGAGAGAAGCCUUACAAAUGCCAGGAGUGUGGGAAAAGUUUUGCUCACUCGUCGGUCCUUCUAACCCAUCAGAAAAUCCACACAGGAGAGAAACCGUACAAGUGCUACAAAUGUGGGAAAUGUUUUGUUCAGGAGUCAGGCUGCAUGAAGCAUGAGAGAGUCCACACUGGGGAGAAACCCUACGAAUGCCAGGAGUGCGGGAAAUGCUUUGCUUACUCCUCCGCCCUUCUGACUCACCAAAGAGUCCACACAGGGGAGAAACCCUACAAAUGCCAGGAUUGUGGGAAAUGCUUUGCUCGCAAGGCAGACCUCGUAACUCACCAGAGAGUCCACACAGGAGAGAAACCAUACAGAUGCCAAGAGUGCGGGAAGUGUUUUGCUCAGAACUCAACCCUUCACGUCCACCAGAGAUGCCACACGGGAGAGAAACCACACAAAUGCCAGGAGUGCGGGAAAUACUUCACUCAUAAUUCCACCCUUUUAGUUCACAUGAGAACCCACACAAAAGAGGGGCCCUUCAAAUGCCAAGACUGUGGGAAAUGCUUUGCCCAGAAAACACGUCUUCUGGUGCAUCAGAGGUUCCACACCGGGGAGAAACCCUACAAAUGCCAGGAGUGUGGGAAAUGUUUUGUCGGCAAGUCAAACCUAGUGGUCCACCAGAGACUCCACACUGGAGAGAAACCCUACAAAUGCCAGGAAUGUGGGAAAUGCUUUGUUCGCAGUUCAGACCUUUUGGCUCAUCAGGUUGUCCACACAGAUGAGAAAUCAUACAAGUGCCAGGAAUGUGGGAAAAAUUUUAUUCGGCACUCAAGCCUUCUCAUCCACCAGGCAAUCCACUCCACAGAGAACCCCUUCAAAUGUGAAGAGUGUGGCAAAUAUUUUGUUUGCAAGAGAGUCCUUGUCAAUCACCAGAGAAUCCACAACGGAGAGAAAACCUUCACCUGCCUGGAGUGUGGGAAAAGUUUUGUGCAGAAAUCGGGCCUCGUGAAUCACCAGAAAAUCCACAAUGGAGAGAAACCACAUUCUUGCCAGGAAUGUGGGAAAAGUUUUGCUCAUAGGUCGAGCUUGGUGAAACAUGAGAGAAUCCACACUGGAGAGAAACCCUACGAAUGCCAGGAAUGCGGGAAAGGUUUUGCUCACUCCUCCGCCCUUCUGACUCACCAAAGAGUCCACACAGGGGAGAAACCGUACAAGUGCCAGGAUUGUGGGAAGUGUUUUGCUCACAAGUCGGAUCUCAUGAGCCACCAGAGAGUCCACACAGGAGAGAAACCAUACAAAUGCAAGGAGUGUGGGGAAAGUUUUGCUCGGAAAACUCUGCUGAACAGACACGUGAAAGCGCAUCAGGGUAAUGACGUUGUAUGGAACAGUUUGGAUUAUGCUUCAGUCAUGGCAGUCUAUCAGGAACUCCACUUAGGAGAGAAACCCUGCACAUAUGAGUAGCGUGUUAACUGUUGUGUUCACACAUUGUAUUUUAAGUCACAUUGGGGGGCAUAUCAGCCUAGAAACCAUGCAAAUAUUGUUAAGUGUGGGAAACAAAAGUAUUGUGAACGUUUAGAAGACGCUUGACUGAUUCUUCCCAAAUACAUUGAGUGGGACUUUUUCUACCCCCAGACUUGACUUUUCUUAUGAUUUCCAUUUUCGUAGCCAAACAUACAGAUUUAUGAUGGUGGGAAGGGGGUUAUAUGUUAGGAUAGCUACAGAGUCAGACUUCUCACUCUCCCGUAUUUCUCAGCUUUCUGUUCCCUGUUUGGGCUGCUGUGAGUUUUCCAUGCUGUCUGGCCAUGUUCCAGAAGCAUUCUCUCCUGAUGUUUCACCCACAUCUAUGGCAGGCAUCCUCAGAGGUUGUGAAGUCUGUUGGAAACUCUUGUCUGGGUUGCUGUGAGUUUUCCAGGCUGUCUGGCCAUGUUCCAGAAGCAUUCUCUCCUGACAUUUCACCCACAUCUAUGGCAGGCAUCCUCAGAGGUUGUGAAGUCUGUAGGAAACUCUUGUCUGGGUUGCUGUGAGUUUUCCAGGCUGUCUGGCCAUGUUCCAGAAGCAUUCUCUCCUGACGUUUCAGUCACAUCUAUGGCAGUCAUCCUCAGAGGUUGUGAAGUCUGUUGAAAACUCAGCAGUUGAGGUUUAUAUAUCUGUGCACUGUUCAGGGUGGGAGAAAGAACUUUUGUCUGUUUGAGGCAAGUGUGAAUGUUGCAAUUCGCCAGCUUGAUUAGCAUUGAAUAGUCUUGCAGCUUCAAAGCCUGGCUGCUUCCAGCUUAAGCAGUUGAGGGGAGGGGGGGCAGGAAGGAAGGAGCCUGAGGCUGUUAGGAAUUGUGGGAGGUGACGUCCAAAACACUCGGAGGGCCAAAGUUUGCCCAUGCCUGUACUAACACCUUCGGCUGUAGGUGCUUGCUUACCCCUAACCAGGAGAGCCAGCCUUUGUUGUCUCUUCUAAUGCAAUUUAGGUCACCUUCUUUUGCCUGUUUCCUUUAUUAUCCUAAAGUGGAAUUCCCGAGACAAUAAAUUAUGUUUUCUUAUGAAA